AUGUCAGAAAAGUCAGAAAAGAAAUUUGACAGUUCACUGCACAUCCUUGUUUUUUUCUUUGCGUUGAAAGUUCUGUGAUAAAACUUGAUAAGCUAAAAAUCAAUUGUAAAAUGACGGAACAGCAAAUGGAUUGUGCCCUGGAUUUAAUGAGACGGCUUCCACCGCAGCAAAUCGAAACCAACUUAAUCGAUUUGAUUGACCUGGCUCCUGCUUUAUGUGAAGAUUUGCUAACAUCGGUUGAUCAACCUUUAAAAAUAGCAAAAGAUAAGGAAACAGGUAAAGAUUAUCUGCUAUGCGAUUACAAUCGAGACGGUGACUCAUAUAGAUCACCUUGGUCGAAUACCUAUGAACCACCACUGGAAGACGGAUCAAUGCCUUCCGAACGUCUACGCAAGCUGGAGAUUGAAGCAAAUCAUGCAUUUGAUCAAUACCGCGAAAUGUAUUACGAAGGUGGUGUAUCAUCGGCUUAUUUAUGGGAUUUAGAUCACGGUUUCGCAGGGGUUAUUUUAAUUAAAAAAGCAGGAGAGGGAAAUCAGAAAACAAAGGGAUGCUGGGAUUCGAUUCAUGUAGUGGAGGUACAGGAAAAAAGUUCUGGUAGAACUGCCCACUAUAAGUUGACUUCAACUGCCAUGUUAUGGCUACAAACUCAAAAACAGUCUUCUGGUACGAUUAAUCUUGGGGGUAGUCUUACAAGACAGAUUGAACAAGAUGCACCAGUUAGUGAAACCAGUCCGCAUAUUGCCAAUAUUGGACGUCUUGUAGAAGAUAUGGAAAACAAAAUUCGUAAUACAUUGAAUGAAAUUUACUUCGGAAAGACAAAGGAUAUAAUCAAUGGUUUGAGAAGCAUUCAGUCUUUAGCUGAUACAAACCAGCAGGCCGCAAUGAAGAAAGAUCUUGCGGCAGCACUUCUUCGAAGGACUGGCAAAGGAGAAAACUAGAAGGGUCAGCUGCAAUUUGUUUUCUUUGCUAUCAUCAUACAGUAUAUAUCGAAAAGCACUGCAUCCGUUCACUAAAUCAGAGUGUUUCUUGAAAACCUUUUUAUUUCGAUUUUAAGGAUAAUGUAUUCAUGAUUCUUUUCUAUACGUCAUUCAUCCAUGAUUUUCUAGAUAAAAUGAUAAAUAAGCUACAAUCGUUUAGUGGAGUUUAGUACAGUGAGCCUUCAAUAACAUAUUUUCCAAUAAUUCAAGAUAAUUGUUUAUUUUUUAGAUUGAGAUCAUGCAUUAUCAAUCAAUCACCAAAAUAAAAACAUGAUUUAUAUCCUCAUUACUUCAAAGCUUCAAGCAGGAAAGUCCUUGAAAAUAAUAAAUUCAGAAAAUGCACCAAG